GGGUUGGAGUUCAAACACCUGGCAACCCUGGCUGUAGACUGCAGUCUUCUGUGGUCGGGUCCUGGCCGCGCUGCUGUCGGCUCCGGUCACGCAAGCUAUUUUGACUGAUUUUUCGCACUCUUUGAAGCGUUUUGUUUAGCAUUGUCUUGUUCUUUUUAGCAAUACAUUUUUCCGUAUCUAGUGCUACUCUUUGUAUUUUAGCUUUGAUCGCACCCCCAACGUGCCUCGAGUUUUGGUAGCCGGCGAUUCGAUGGUGAAGUACUUGCCAUUGAAUAGUCGGUUGGCUGUUGAGGUUGCGCCGUUUAGUGGUAUUAGAAUCGAGCACUUGUUUUCCCAGGUGUCUGAGAAGCUACCCGAUUUUGAUGUUGUCAUCCUACACGUUGGCACUAAUAAUUCCCAUAUUAGUGCCAGCGUGUACAUCGACAAAUAUCGUCGUCUAGCUGCCCAGAUCUGUGAACGCAAUCCAAUGAUGCAGAUCGCCUUUUCUGCCGUUCUUCCGAGACGGGAGAAUAGGUUCUGCUCAUUGGAAUGGCAGCGUAGUCACGCUGCAGAGAUCGAGGCUUCGAAUGACCGUUACCGAGAGGUGAACUCGCUGCUGCGAGAGUUGUGUCGCAGGGAAGGGUUCACGUUCCUUGACGGGCUAGCUGACGAGUGGCACCAGUGGAUCCACCACGACGGCGUCCACCCAAACCGGAUCGGCAACAAGGUCCUCGCUGGGUUCAUGGGCCAGCAAGUAUGGAGCAUCCUGGAGAAGAUGGCCAGGGCCAAGAUCCAGCAGGACCACAAGGAGGCAAUGCCAGGGACCCGCUCGUGGGACGGCUGGACCAUCAAGGGUGCCCCAUUGACCGCGCCAUGUUGUCUCUUCAGAAUUCUCCGACUUUUCCAGCAAAGUUUUGUUAAUCUGACGACAUAGUCUUUUUAAGAGACUGGGGAAAUUAUAGCAAAAAGUUUGUGGGCCUCACAUCUGGUAACAAGAAGGCUCCAAAAACAAGGCCCCUUGAAAACUGAGCAAGUUGCUACUUGUGUAAAUUGGCUCUGAAGAAACCAACAACUAGGCGCUGCACAGUCCCAUGAUUCUUUCCGAGUCUGAAGUGCUUCGAGGGAAUCGGAAUUUUGUGUUAUAAUGUGAAUAAACUGUUCUGCAUU